AUGGAUGAAGAGUUGCAGUACUGCACAAUCCAACAAUGGUACUCCCAUUGCAAGCAUGAAUAUGUGCUUAAGUGGGAAUCUAAAUAUUUGAUUGCAGUGAGCACUGCAAUUCAAGAUUGGAUCUCAUCAAAAUUAACAACGGAGUUGAUGAGACAAGGUGCCAUGAUGACUGUGUUAAGCGGUCUUGUCUCCGCAUUAGCUUGGCCUGCUGUACUACUUGCAGCUACUGAUUGGAUAGAUAGCAAAUGGUCAAUGGCUAUUGACAGGUCAGAUAAAGCAGGAAAGCUCCUCGCAGAAGUAUUGCUAAAGGGUUUGCAGGGGAACAGGCCGGUUACACUCUUAGGUUUUUCAUUAGGAGCACGAGUGAUAUUCAAAUGUUUGCAACAAUUGGCUGAAUCAGGAGAGAAUGAGGGACUCAUAGAAAGAGUUGUUCUCCUUGGUGCGCCAAUUUCAGUCAAAGGAGAACAGUGGGAAACUGCUAGAAAGAUGGUAGCUGGCAGAUUUGUAAAUGUGUAUUCCACAAAUGACUGGAUACUUGGAGUGACAUUCCGUGCCAGUUUGCUUACGCAAGGCCUGGCUGGAAUUCAAGCUGUCGAUGUUCCUGGAAUUGAAAAUGUUGAUGUUAGUCAUGUGAUAGAUGGUCAUUCUUCAUAUCUUUGGGCUGUAGAGCAGAUCUUGGCACAACUAGAGAUUGAUACAUAUUACCCAGUUUUUAACUGUGCUCCCAGACCUGAAUGAAAGUGUAUUUUCUGGAAUCUAUCAGGCAAAUGUAAGGUCCUUUAACUGUGCUCCCAGACCUGAAUGAAAGUGUAUUUUUUGGAAUCUCCUUGCUUCCUUCUCCUAUCUGCAUCUUGUUCAUACCCAGUUUUUAACUUGUGAUUUUGUGUAUUAUAACUUUUGAUUAAUUUAUCCAUUUUUAGUUAUUAGACCUGUUGGAAAA